GUCAAAGAAACGUCAAAGUGACUCGCAAGUCAUCGCAAGUUUCUCAAAUAUUUAAUAAAAACGUUUAGUUCUUUGUAAAUCGAUAAAACAUGCCGGGCUUAAACGAUGUGGCUGCGUUAUAUAAACAAUUAAAAAGUGAAUGGAACACUCCAAAACCCAAUUUAAGUAAAUGUGAGCAUUUACUUGCCGAAUUAAAAAUUGGUUUAACUAAUUUGAUGUUUUUGCCAACAUCAAAUGCUGCAGCAUCCAAACAAGAGCUUUUAUUAGCUAGAGAUAUUUUGGAAAUUGGUGUACAAUGGAGUAUUGAAGCUAAAGAUAUACCAUCGUUUGAACGUUAUAUGGCUCAGUUAAAGUGUUAUUAUUUUGAUUACAACACUCAAUUGCCAGAAUCAUCUUUCAAAUAUCAAUUAUUGGGAUUAAAUUUGUUGUUUUUGUUGUCACAAAAUCGCGUUGCUGAGUUCCAUACUGAAUUAGAAUUAUUGCCAGCAGAUCAUAUUCAAAACGAUGUUUACAUCCGCCAUCCGUUGUCUAUUGAACAGUAUUUAAUGGAAGGAAGUUAUAAUAAAAUAUUUUUAGCUAAAGGUAAUGUUCCAGCAGCUAAUUAUAACUUUUUUAUGGAUAUCUUGUUGGAUACAAUCCGUGGGGAGAUUUCGGUUUGCUUAGAAAAAGCUUACGAAAAGAUAUCUUUAAAAGAUGCAGCAAGAAUGCUUUAUCUUCCUAAUGAAGAAACUGCCAAAGUUUUUGGUACUCAAACGAAAAGCUGGAAAUUGGAUAAAAAUAAAUUCUUUCAUUUUACCUCUGAAGAACAAAAAUUGCAUAUGGAACCCAUUCCUUCAAGGGAACUUGCUGAACAAUCUAUAGAUUAUGCUAGAGAAUUAGAAAUGAUUGUUUAAAAUUAUUUAAUGAUUUUUUUUAAUAAAGUUUGAUUUUUUUUUGCAAUGGCAAACGAUAAAAACAA